CAAUAUCCCAAUGCAAACCUGAAACCAAAACAGCAAAAUGGAGCCAGUUACAUGCACAGACCCAAGCUCCAAUAAGUCAACUCUAUCAUCAUCGUCACCAAUCCCACCAUGGGAUGACAUGUUCCGAUCCGGCUCAUUCCGCAAACCCUCCCUACCACCACCACUACUAUUACCACCACCACCACCAUGGCAGGACAUGUUCGAAUCUAACUCCUUCCGCAAACCCUCCCUAUCACCACCAACUUCAGAACCAACACCACCACCAUGGCAAUACAUGUUCCGAUCAGCCUCAUUCCGCAAACCCUCCCUACCACAAUCACUACUACUACUACCACCACCUCCAUGGGAAGACAUGUUAGAAUCCACCUCCUUCCGCAAACCCUCUCCACCACCACCAUCACCACCACCACCACCACCAUCAUCAUCACCCUCGCCACCUUCACCACCACCAUGGAAAGAAAUGUUCCGAUCCGCCUCGUUUCGUAAGCCCUCCCUACCACCACCACUACUACUUCUACCAACACCACCAUGGGAAGACAUGUUAGAAUCCACCUCCUUCCGCAAACCCUCUCCAUUACCACCACCACCACCAUCAUCAUCACCCCCGCCACCUUCACCACCACCAUGGAAAGAAAUGUUCCGAUCCGCCUCAUUUCGUAAGCCCUCCCUACCACCACUACUACAACUACCAUCACCACCUCCAGCAUCACCAUCACCCUCCCUACCACCACCACAACCACCAACAUCACCAUUACCAUCACCUUCCCUACCACCACCUCCAACACCGUCGCCAUCACCACCCUCCCCUGACGCGCCACCACUAGAACCAGACGCAGAUCACUCUCUCUCAAGCGACCCACAAGUCCGUCUCGCCCUCUACAUCGCUAUGGCCCACGCAGGCCUCGUUUUCACCACCUUCAUCCUCUACUACGCCUCAGAACUCCUGGACGAAUACCUCCGGCCAAUCCAAUGGGCCAUUCUCUGCUCUAUCCCUCUCAGAGGCAUUCAACAAACACUUGUCUCGUUUUGGUCUGGGCCUCUCCAUUCCGGCCUCUUAGAAACCUUUCUGGCUGUCCCAGUUGCAGUUUUCGAAGUUUUCUUUCAUACCGUGAUUGAAAUUCGCCAACUUUGCUUACGGCUCGUUCUCAAAAAGCAAAAAACAGAGCCCCCAAGACGGUUCCAAAGUGGGUUUUCCAAGCUUUUGCGGUGGCUCUUUUCGUUUGGUAUGUUUGUUAUAGCUUAUGAGCGGUUUGGGGCAAUUGGGUCUCUGGGUUUGAUUGGAUUAGGCCUAGUUUUCAGCUCAAAGACUGUAGAUUCAACAAUGUCAGCCAUGUCGUCGUUUCGGAGCAAUAGCUUUAGACGUAGAGCUAUUAGUGCGUUUUUCACUGGUGGGAUUUUGAAGAGGUUGAACACCAUUGUGGCAGUUGCUCUGAUUGUUGGUAUGACUGUCGGGUUUUUAGCAGGUGUCAUCUUUUUUUCCUAUAAGAUUGGUGUGGAAUGUAAAGAUGCUGUGAUUUCUUUGAAAUCGCACGUGGAGGAGAGCAAUUAUGCUGAAAAAUUAGGUCUGAAGAAGUGGAUGGAAGAGAAUGAUGUGGCUGGAAUGGUGGAUAGGUACACUACAAAGUGUUAUGAGACUGUGUUGGAUCACAUUGACAGUUUAGCAAAGCAGUAUAAUAUGACUGAGCUUGUCACUGGGAUCAAGUAUUUUGUGAUAGAGACACCGGUUAAUGAUUCUGUGAAUUUGAAUUCACCGUCUUUGGUUGAGUCUUCGCCUAAUACUGAGAGAUCUUUGAACCCGACGAAUAGGAAUUGGGGGAUGAUAUAUACAGAAUUGGAAGAUAUGCUAAGAGAAUUGAUAAUUGCUAGGGAGGACUUGGUUGAGAAGGCUAAAUGGUUUGCUGUUAAAGCAAUGGAUGUGUCACAAAGUAUGUUUGCUAGUAGUAGGAUUGUGUUAGUGAGUGGUGUGAAGUUUGUGUUUUCCACUGGGAAUUCGAUUUUGUCUGGAGCCGCAGAGGUUUUCAAUUUUGUGUCACAGUCAAUUUUGUUCUUUUGGGUGUUGUAUUAUCUGAUCACUUCGGAGUCCGGUGGGGUGACUGAACAAGUAAUGUGUAUGAUUCCAAUGCCGAAUUCAGCAAGGGUUAGAUGUGUUGAGGUUCUUGAUAAGGCGAUUUCGGGUGUGCUUUUGGCUAUUGCUGAGAUUGCAUUCUUUCAAGGAAGUCUCACUUGGCUUUUGUUUAGACUGUACCAGAUACAUUUCUUGUACAUGUCGACUUUGCUUGCAUUAGUCAGCCCUCUAUUUCCACUCUUUCCAGCUUGGUCUGCCACAGUUUUAGCAGCUUUGGAACUGUUUAUGGAAGGCAGAUAUAUAUCAGCUGCUAGCAUGUCCAUUAUUCAUCUUGUGCUCUUGGAUUAUGGUGCAUCAGAAAUUCAUGAGGAUAUACCUGGUCAUACUGCCUAUCUUACAGGGCUUAGCAUCAUUGGUGUAAUGACAUUGUUCCCUUCUGCAACAAUAAUUGUUGUAAUAGCAGAAAUUCUGUUACCAAAUUGUUGUGGGAAACUCCUAGGAUACUAAUAGUACUCCCACAAAAGAUCGAUUGUAAAAAUAUACUGUACUUUAGAAAGAAAGAUUUCAAAAAUAAUAA